ACGAGCAUAUAUCCAGAACCAAAGGCCGUACUUUCUGCUUUAUAUGCACGCAAAAUCAUGAAGGCAAGUUCGUCAAGAAACCAGACAGAACAACAAGAUACAAUCUUGAAAGCACGUCUCUUGAACUGCUGUUGCGGUUCAUGGAAUGCAUUCUGUUCCCUCGUCCUCUUUCCCCUCGCGUAGCCGUCAAGUCGAGUGUUCGUGUGUUUCUCGCAGCUCAUCAAAGCGCGAGGAUUGGAGUGUACAGGAAGCGGGGUUUGAGCUCUGCUUGUUGGGCUGUAGGAAGCGAGGCGGGAGACCUGUUGGGCGAGAGUUUGCUGAAGGGAAGUGAAAAUGGUUCUUUGUUGAGCGCUCUUGAGGAUUCGGCUUCGGUGCCAUUUGGGACUGUGGAUGCCGAGAUCACACAGGAGACUAUCGAUUUCUUCGUCAGCGAUGCCGAGGGCGAUCCCGAUUGCCCAUCGGAAGGGUAUUCUUCGAUUGAGCAGGCGCUUAAUUCUCUGCGCGAAGGAAAGAUUGUGAUUGUGGUAGACGAUGAAAGUGGGAAUACUGAAGGAAACCUUGUCAUGGCAGCCCCUCUUACAACUCCUCGCGAUGUGGCCUUCAUGGUGAAGCAUGGUUCUGGAAUAAUUUCUGUUGGCAUGAAAGAGGAGGAUCUUCAGAGACUGAAGCUUCCUCUGAUGUCACCCGAAACCGAGGAAGAGGACUCGUCUGCUCCCACCUUCACGAUCACCGUGGAUGCAAAAUCGGGCACGUCAACAGGGGUUUCUGCUUUUGAUAGGGCGAGGACGGUUCUCGCUCUUUCAUCUCCUGAGUUCAAGCCAGAAGACUUCAGAAGGCCGGGCCAUGUGUUUCCCCUCAAGUACCGAAAUGGGGGUGUCCUAAGAAGGGCUGGUCAUACUGAGGCUUCGGUGGACUUAGUUAUGCUUGCUGGCCUGCGACCAGUUUCUCUUCUUACGGCUGUAAUGGAUGCAGAAGAUGGUUCCAUGGCUUCUCUUCCCAACUUGAGAAAGCUGGCAUUGCAGUACAGCCUUCCAGUUGUUUCAAUAACAGAUUUGAUUAGGUACCGAAGAAAGAGGGAAAAACUGGUUGAAAGAACUGCCAUAUCACGUUUGCCUACUAAGUGGGGAUUAUUCCAAGCUUACUGCUACCGCUCCAAGCUUGACGGGACAGAACACAUAGCUAUUGUAAAGGGGAACAUUGGUAAUGGGGAAGACGUCCUAGUGAGGGUUCAUUCCGAGUGUUUAACAGGGGAUAUAUUUGGGUCAGCUCGGUGUGAUUGCGGGAACCAGUUGGACUUGGCAAUGCAAUUAAUAGAGAAAGCUGGUAGGGGAGCUGUAAUCUAUCUCCGAGGUCACGAAGGAAGAGGGAUUGGCCUGGGUCACAAGCUGCAGGCAUAUAAUUUGCAAGACCAGGGUCAUGAUACAGUUCAGGCCAAUCUAGAACUAGGGUUAGCAGUCGAUGCCCGAGAAUAUGGCAUUGGUGCCCAGAUUCUGAGAGAUGUUGGAGUUCGAACCAUGCGGCUGAUGACCAACAACCCGGCCAAGUUCGCUGGCCUGAAGGGCUACGGAUUAGCCGUUAUAGGCCGGGUUCCUGUGCUGACACCCAUUACAGAGGAAAACAAGAGGUACCUGGAGACAAAGCGAAUGAAAAUGGGUCAUAUCUACGGCUCCGACAUUCGAGGACCGCUUUCCGGAUUCGUCGAUCCAAGAACGGGCGAGGACGGUUCGACGGGGGCUUCGUGAAUUGUCCACAGCCUCGAUAUAAUGCGGACAGGUGCUCAUUCGUACCACAAAGAGUUGGGACUUUUGAGUCGUUCUAUAUGGCGACGCACCUCAUCGGACCGCUUGUUCCCGCUUCGACAUUCGAUCAAACUACAGAUGAUGGAGGAUGGAUGAAUGGAUGGGGGUGAUCGGAUAAAGCACAACUUUUUUUUUUUCGGUCAAAAAGUAAAGCACACUUUGAUGCAUGAGCACGGAGACGCAAUUUUCUGCGGUCAUGUACAUACCUGUGAUUGUACUCGUUCAUUUAUCAAAAUCCCGGUUUUCAUAUCCUUCUCUUUUGUAUUUCAUGGUUAUUUCAUUAUUUGAUAUGAAUUUCCCGUC